UUUAUUUAAAUUAUUUUGCAGCCAAAAGAUGAGCAGCUACCAUGGGGGCCAGGGCCAGAACUACCAUAGCAGCUACAACCAGUCCCAGUCCAGUUACUAUGGCAACCAUAGCAGUGGAGGCCAGGGCGGCUACUACUCUCAGUGGGGUGGCUACGACCAGUACAGCGGCUAUGGUAACACUGGUUAUAACACUGGCUACAACAGCGGCUACAACACUGGCUACAAUAGUGGCUACAACUACAACUAUGGGCCCUAUGGAUACCCCCCGCCAGGCCACAUGAUGCCUCCACCUCCUAUGGGGAUGCCACCCAUGUCCGCUGACAUGUCUGCUGUAGAGAGCCAUGAAGAGACCGAGGGGGUAGAGGACGAAAAUGCAGAAGAGCCCAUACCAGAAUGUGAUGUGGAGCAGUGGAACAGGGAUUUUAUGCAACGCAGUGAGGAGCUCUAUGACGCCAUGAUGAACUGUCACUGGGACCCCUUGGACUCUGUUGAAUCAGCGAUCCCCUCCCUGUCUUGAUAAUAAUUCUUCUUGUCAUUUCUUUAAAUAUUGAAUUGUUUUUGUACCACCCAUGAUCUGCCACUGUCUGAUGUCCUAAAGCUGCAGCUGCAGCUCAUACAGAUUGUUGCUCUUUAAUACCUGUAGUACACACAGAUGAGUUUCAGUGUCUACCAUGAUGGUUUAAAAAAGUCAGACAAGUCAGCCUGCAGCAGAGUAAAGGGUUUUAUUAAUCUCCUGAGAGGCAGUUUGGAUGGAAGGUUCCAAAAUAUGUUUUCUCUGCUGCUGAAGUUGACACUACAUAGAAGUACACAACUAUAACAUGUAAAUGUCCCAGGUCAGUUCUUCACCUGCUGAUUCUGUCAGAGAAACCCCCAGAUGAUCCGGGUUACAUUUCAUCAGGUUACUUAGCUCAUUUAAAAAGACCCAAACUUUGAGAGAUUGUCUUAUGAAGACAAAGAUGACAACUAUGCCUUAACUGUCUCUGGCCGUGUGCUUCUCAUUCUAGAUGCUCAUUAGAGGAAUUUUUUAUCUGCAGGAUAUCAUUCUUUAUCUUUCUUAAUGGAGGAGCUGUGAUCUGAUUUGAUGGUUUUCCUGUCGUAUACCCAACAGGAAUAAUGUAUCACUGUUUUCCAGACAGAAAGCUGUGUGUCCUUGUGUUCUAGACUAACAGUACACCCCGGCAGCAGAGCGCUGUCAAACUGCAUGCAUGAUUUUCUGAGGUGGACUGAAGAACUCUAUCAGAAGUUGAGGCAGCAUAGAUUUUCUGCUGCUUGAUGGCUGAUGUUUUGUAUAUAUUUUCUUUCUGGAGAUGAUUUAUCAAUAAAACAAGUUUAGAAGUAAAACGUACUCUUGUCUUUGCACAGAAGAGAAAUGUAUGAGUUUGGUGGAACUGCAGCAUUUCUAAAGAGGUAUAAAAUGUUGGUGCCGUUCUAGUUUUAAUGAGAUAUAAAGGCAUCUUAGACCCUGACUAACAGACAAGGUCAGUUCUUUGACUUUCCCUCUGCCAGUGGGCAUCAGCUAACGUGUUUUACCUGCCUGUUGUUGUGUAGUUGUCCCUCUGGUCGGGGCAGGAGCAGCCUACGGUUCUGAGACCGCUACUACUACCCCCUUCCAGAGCUUCCUUGUUCCUCAUAUCAGAGUUUACGAGGGCUUCUGGUUUAAUUCUUUCUUUGUGAGAACCCCUCAAAUCCCUGAUAGGUCAGUGGUAGCUGUCACAUGAUAUUUUAGUUGCUGAGGUUAAUUUUCUAACAGGUUUGGUUUUUAAUGCUUGUGUGAAACAGAAAAGAUCUUCAUGUGUGAAACAAUGAAUGAAGAUAAAAGAUGGCUGUGAUUUUAACAUCUUACUUACAAACUACUUGGAUUUGAACAGUUUGAUGCUACAGCAGAGAAGUCACAUGACCAGUGUUAAUUUUGUUGACUAAUUAUUUUCGUUAUAGUUUUCGUUAAUCGCCUUUUUCCCCUGACAAAAACGAGACAGUAACUAAUAAAAACAAGUGCAUAUGGACAAAAACUAAAACUAAAUCAACAAAUAAAAAUGAGAUGGAAAUGUUUGACAGAGACUUUAUCCAAUCAGACCUAGGGUUAGGCAUACAUCCAAUCACAGCUGCUUUUGCUGCAGGGGGCGGGGUAAGUUGGGGAGAGAUCCAAUCAGUUGACUAAAUUUACUGUGAAUUUCGUCGACUAAAAUGUUGGGAAGUUUUGUCAACUAAAACAAUUUAGACGACUGAAUUAUGACUAAAACUAAAAGAUAUUUUUGGCAAAAGACUAAGACUAAAUAAAAAAGAGCUGUCAAAAUUAACACUGCACAUGACCAGGAGAGAUUUUAGAGUGUGUCUAUAAGGAGACCGGUCCCCGUGCACUUCAUCCUACUCCGCCAAUCCAACAGGAGUCAGGACGCCUUAUCCUGACAUGUGCACGGGCAAAUCAUAGAGAUGGAGCUUCCUAGUCUUGAGAAAGUCUGACACUGUUCACCAUGAUGUGCUGCCAUUCAAACUUCCUACAUUUCUUCUGAUCAGGCUUCACAGAAACGGUGGGCAGAGGUCCAACAGCACUGGUCUGCUUUUAGCAUGGACCUCAAUAGCCAGAGGGGGAAAAGGACCAGAAUAUGGUACUCAAAUCAUUUAGUACAGUUACUUUGGUAACUGAGUAGGAGUAAAAAGGACUACUAUAAAUCUACGUAGGUAGAAAGUAAAUCAUGUAAAGUUUAUUCAAAGUACUGAGAGGCUACUGUUGAUGGCCAAGUGGCUUUCCUCAGUAAAAUAUGUUUCCUUUAUGUGCAAUAACCAGAGAAUAUGAUGCAAGAAUUCAAGAUGGCGGAGUCCGUGGAGGGGGCUCUCCCUAUGU